CAUGAGAGUUCUGAUCAAAGUAACAACCCAGAACAUGAGAGUUCUGAUCGAAGUAACGACCUAGAUCAGGGCAAUGACAGCUCUAACCAAAUUAAAAUCCCAGAACAUGAAAGUGCUCGACAAACUAAGGGCCGAGAUCGUGAUAGCUUGUGUCGACAAACCGAUGACCCAGAUCUUAGUAUUGUUGGAUACAACGAUGACCCAGAGCAUAAGAUUGUUGACCAAACCGAUGGCCCAGAUCAUCGGCCGGCUUCCUGGUGGCAAAGAAUUUUGUUUGUAGCCUUCGAAUGUUUUACUUGGCUUUUAUUUUUCUAUUUUUUUGUUUCUUAUCUUUUACCUUUUGCUCUUCACAUUUAUUACGAAAAAUAAGCUGACACUAAUUAAAG